AUGACAGACGACCUGGUGUUGGACUCGCGAAUCCGGGACUGGGUGUUGCUGCCCAUCGCGCUGGUGAUGUUCCUCAUCGCCAUUCUGCGCAACAACAUCUCCCUUCUCCUUCAUUCUGAGCGCAAGCCUGAGCUCCAGAAGGUCCAAGAACGGCAAACGCUGAUCCGAGCUUCACGGAUGCGACUCAAUGGCCACAAGUUGCCGCUGGCCUCGUUCCUGCAGCGCAAGGCGUUCUUUAACGAUGCGAGGGAGGGCGUGCUGGUCAUGGAGGAGGAGGACAGCAGCGCCAGCAACCCGCUGGCCAACCCCAUGAUGGACCCCAUGAACAUGGUGGACAUGAUGAAGAAGAACGUCACCAUGCUCGUACCGCAGUUGCUCAUCGUCGGUUGGGUCCAGUAUUUCUUCUCCGGCUUCGUGCUUGUGAAGAUUCCGUUCCCGCUCACGCUGCCCUUCCGAGGCAUGCUGCAGCGGGGCAUUGAGCUGGCGGGCCUCGAGGUGACCUACGUGAGCUCCCUCUCGUGGUACUUCCUCAACCUGUUCGGUCUUCGUGGCAUCAACUCCCUCGUCUUGGGCGAGGCUAACGCGGCGGACGACACGAAGCUGAUGCAGCAGCAGAUGAUGAUGGGCGGCGGCGGCCCGAUCGACACCAAGAAGCUCUACAAGGCCGAGCGGGAGAACAUCGACCUUGUCGAGCACAAGUGGGCCGUAGAGGACGCCGAGAAGAGACUGCUCAACCAGAAGAGCAGCAGCAGCAGCAGCAAGGCCUCUGCUUCCCGAGAGUAA